GAAGGACCUCCUUUAGCAUGAGAGUCCCUAUAAAAGAGACAGUCCAGACUCACUGAAUGACCUGAAUCAUCAUCAUGGCUCUUAAUGCUGGUUGUUUUUGGAAAGGACUUCUGCUGUUCUUUCUCCUGUUCAUCUCUGCGAAUGGACAAAGCGAGCCCUCUUUCAUGGUGACAUUUCCUGCAUUGAUCCAGUCAGGAUCUGAAGCUAAACUGUGUGCAAGUCUCCUGAAGCCCAAUGAAAGUCUUGUAAUGACCGUUCAUCUAGUGAAGGAUGACCAGAUCACAUUAUUACUGCAGGAGAAAACAGAUGAAGAGUUUCAUCGCUGCUUCAACUUCAAGGCUCCAUUGGUGGAAGGAGAAUCAGUGCAGAAAAUAAAGGCUGAAAUUAAAGGGGAGUCUUUCACGAUGACUCAAAAGAGAAAAGUUAUGUUUAGACAUUACAAUCCUUUGACCUUUAUCCAGACUGAUAAACCCAUCUAUAAUCCAGGACAAACAGUGAACUUCAGAAUUGUUACCACGGAUACAAACUUUGUACCCCUUGAUCAACAGUACAGUACAGUGGUGCUUGAGGACAGUCAAAAUAACAGGAUCGGUCAAUGGACCAAUAUUUCCUCAACAAGAUGGAUAUUGCAGCGUUCUUAUGAUUUAAACCCUGAAGCCCGUCAGGGCACGUACACACUGAAGGCUCACAUUGGUGAAAGACUGAUAAAACAUUAUUUUAAGGUGAAAAAGUAUGUUUUGCCCAAGUUUGACGUAACCGUAAAUGUACCAAAGGAGGUCAGCGUCAGUGAAGAGGAACUGACAAUUGAGGUUUGCGGAAAAUACACUUAUGGACAGCCUGUACCUGGUAAAUCUUGGGUAAAUGUCUGCCGUCAUUUCAGAGAUGUCAACCCUCCGCUGUGUUGGAAUGAGACUACUGAGAUGAAAGAGACUGGCUGUGCCACACAUACUGUCAACGUAUUGCAAUUUCUAAACAUGACAUUAAAGCAUCAACUGAAAGAAUCUAUUAAGGUUGCGGUGAAAGUAAUAGAGGAAGGAACAGAAAUCACCAUGGAAGAAUCUAAAAGUAUGUCUAUCACUUAUGAAAUUGGCAAAGUCACAGUUUUAGGCCCCAAAACAUUUGAACAUGGAUCCGUUAUAGAAGGACAAAUUAAAGUGACAGAUUUGAAAGGAACACCAAUUCCAAACAAAGACGUGUAUCUCUUUGAGAGGGAGCGCCGGUCCCCAAAUCUGCUCUUUAAUCUCACCACAGAUGACAAUGGACUGGCUGCAUUCUCACUUAAUACAUCUAGUCUGCCUAAAAGAGAUUUAAAUCUAAAGGCAAAUAUACAUCCAGAUUUGCGUUAUCAAGGCCACAGGACACCUUUCUUCUCUCAGGAGGGAUUGACAGUUCGUCUGUUCCAGCCCAGCACUCCACACACCCCAACAUUAAGUGAAUUAAGUAUACAGGAAAUUAAAGAUCCAUUAAAGUGUGAUGCUGAGUUUACAGUAACCAUUAAGUAUAAUUUCAUUGGAGAAGCCAUUGAUAACUUCAACACUGACAUUGUCUAUAUGGUCUUGUCCAGAGGUGUGAUAGUUCAUCAUGGAUAUGAGAAGGUUGAAGUGAAGACUUCUAAUGGAGCAGCAAGUGGCACAGUGUCAUUCAAACUGUCUGUUACAGCAGAUCUGACUCCAGUAGUGCAGAUACUUGCAUACUGUGUUCUGCCCAGUGACAAUGUAGUUGCUGCGAGUGAAAAAUUCAACACUGAAAAGUGUUUCAAUAACAAGGUGUCUCUUCAGUUUUCUCCUGCUACAGCAGUUCCAGGUGAAGCAAACACAAUACAGCUGUCAGCUCAGCCUGGUUCACUGUGUGCUCUCAGUGCUGUAGAUAAAAGUGUUCACAUCUUGGAAUCAGGAAAGCGUCUGGAUGCUGAUAAGAUCUUUGACCUGCUUCCAGUGCAGUCAGUCUCACAUUAUCCUUACAAUGUUGAAGAUGAACAGGAGUGUUUGCAUGUGAGACCCCGCCGAGCCUUGGAAACAGAAGGUGCCUAUGAAACCUUAAAGAGAGUGGGACUGAAGAUGGCAACAAAUCUGGCUAUUCAAAUUCCUCAAUGCCUGACAUUCAGGGGCUUGAAUUAUCACAAAUACCAUGAUACUGUGAUGUAUCGUUACCGUAGUCGAGUAAUGAAUUCAAUAGUUGAUAGUGCUUCACCAAUGCCAAAAACGCCGUCAGUGACGGUUCGGACUGUCUUUCCAGAAACAUGGAUCUGGCAACUUGCUGAAGUUGGGGACUCUGGAUCAACACAGUUUCCUGUCAAGGUUCCCGACACCAUCACCACCUGGGAGACAGAUGCCUUCUGUCUGUCCUCCAAAGGUUUGGGUUUGGCUCCUCCUGCUCAGCUGACAGUUUUCCAGCCCUUCUUCCUGGAACUUUCUCUGCCUUACUCCAUCAUCCGUGGGGAGAUCUUUGAACUGAAGGCCACCGUCUUCAACUAUCUGUCCAAAUGUAUCAUGGUUAAAGUAACUCCAGCUCCAUCUUCAGACUUCACUCUUAAAGCCUCCUCUGAUGAUGACCAGUAUUCAUCCUGUCUGUGUGCUAAUGGAAGAAAAACCUUUAAAUGGAUUCUCACUCCUUCUGUUCUUGGAGUGUUGAAUAUAACAGUGAGUGCAGAGGCAGAGCAGUCACAGACUGUGUGUGACAAUGAGAUUGUGAGCGUGCCAGAGAGAGGACGCAUUGACAUAGUUACUCGAAGUCUCCUUGUACAGGCUGAAGGAACUGAAAAGACGGAGACCCACAGCUGGUUACUGUGUCCAAAGGGUAACAGUCUUUCAGAAGAGCUGGAUCUGACGCUUCCUAAAGAUGUGAUAGAGGGAUCAGCAAGAUCUUCAGUUUCAGUCAUUGGAGACAUAUUGGGUCGUGCACUGCAGAAUCUUCAUGGAUUAUUACGAAUGCCGUACGGCUGUGGAGAACAAAACAUUGCUGUUCUGUCUCCCAAUAUUUACAUUUUACAGUAUCUGGAAAACACAAAGCAACUCACUUCAGCCAUCAGAGAGAGAGCCACAGGCUUCCUGAAGAGUGGAUAUCAGAGACAGCUGAACUACAGACAUAGAAGUGGUGGAUACAGUACAUUCGGCCGUGGUGAAGAGAAUACAUGGUUGACAUCUUUUGUCCUGAGGUCUUUUGGCAAAGCACAGAAGUACAUAUUCAUUGAUCCAAAUGUUAUUAAAAGUGCCAAGAAUUGGUUAAUAAGCAGGCGCAGUACAGAUGGUUGUUUUAUUCAACAAGGAAGUUUGUUCAACAACAGAAUGAAGGGUGGAGUUAAUGAUAAUAUAACCAUGACUGCUUACAUCACUGCAUCAUUACUUGAACUGGAAACUCCAGUCACAGAUCCUGUGGUCGCUCAAGGUUUGUCCUGUUUGAGGUCCAUCAUUGGGAAUCUUAAAAACACUUACAGCACUGCGCUGCUUGCCUACACUUUCAGUCUGGCGAAUGACACGGACACCAGACAGCAGCUUUUAAAGGAACUGGAAAAUCUUGCCAUUUCAGAAGGGUCUCAGCUUCACUGGUCUCAGUCAGGAUCUGUUGAUGAUUCUGGUUCUCUGUCAGUGGAGAUCAGCUCAUAUGUUCUGCUAGCUGUUCUCACAUCAGAUUCAGUCACUACAGUUGAGCUGGGUUAUGCUAACAGGAUCGUCAGCUGGCUUGUCAAGCAGCAGAACGCCUAUGGAGGAUUCUCAUCUACACAGGACACAGUUGUGGCUCUUCAGGCUUUGUCUUUGUACGCCACCAAAGUCUUCAGCUCUGAUGGUUUCAGUACAGUGACGGUUCAGUCAGCAGGAGACUCUCACAACUUUGAUGUGAAUCAGGACAACAAGUUACUGUAUCAGGAGAAGAAACUGACCAAUGUUCCUGGCAAAUACAGUAUUGAAGUGAAAGGCUCGAGCUGUGUGUCUGUGCAGAUGGCUCUGUUUUACAACAUUCCCACUCCCACUGAAGAUAAAACAUUGACCGUUGAAGCUACGCUUGAGGCUGAUUGCAAAAAAUCAUCCACACAACCAAAGAAAUUGAACUUCACUGUCACAUAUAAUGGUCCACAGGAAACUACUAACAUGGUCAUUGUGGAUAUUAAGCUCUUAUCAGGAUUCACAGCUGACACAUCAUUGCUUGCCGCUGCUCCUCAGACAUUUGGACCACUUGUGGAGCGGGUGGAUACUAAAGACGAUCAUAUCCUUUUAUAUUUGAAGGAGGUUCCAAAAAAUCUCCCUAUGAAUUAUGAGAUACAAUUAAAACAGAUUCUUCCAGUCAAGAACUUGAAGCCAGCUGUGAUCAAAGUCUAUGAUUACUACCAAACAAGUGAUCACUCUGAGGCCGAGUACUCCUUCCUCUGUUGAAAAACUUUAGGAUUGCAGCUUACUGUGCACCUUGGUUGAAGUUGAAAUAAAAUCACAAAUAUUUGAAUGUUA